ACAAUCCUCUACGGCAUCCGCGCUCUGAACACGAGAUUCGGCAAUGGAAAAGCCAGAAAAGUGGUUUGGGGUCAGCAGAUUGCGGUGGUUACGGGUGGGGCGGGAGGGUUGGGUUGGAUGAUCGCUGAGGUUUUGGAGAGGAAGGGGUGUGGGGUUGUGGUGUGGGAUGUGAAGAAACCUGACGAGUGGACAGAGAAUGAAGAUGAGGAAGGAAUUAGGUGGUAUAAAGUUGAUGUUGGCGAUGCUGAGGCUGUGGAAAAGGCUUAUGAGAAGGUGAAGAGAGAUCUAGGCACCCCAACCAUCCUGAUGAACAACGCAGGAAUCGUAAACGGUCUCCCCUUGCUCUCCCUAACACCAUCUCAAUACACCCGGACCUUCAACAUAAACACACUCUCCCACUUUCACUCUUGCCGCACCUUUCUGCCAGCUAUGCUCGCAGCACCCCUGGGCGGCACAAUCGUCACCGUCUCCUCAGUGCUCGGGCAUCUAGGCGCCUCCCACCUAACCGACUACACCGCCUCCAAAGCCGCUCUCCUCGCUUUCCACACUUCCCUGUCCGCAGAAAUCGCCUCUUUGCCUGCUGCCUCAAAUCCAGGCGCUGAGAAUAUCCGCAUGGUCCUCGUCAAACCAGGUCAACUUUCCACGAAUAUGUUCUCGACAUUGAAGAGUCCAAGUGACUUUUUCGGACCCGUGGUUGCGGCGAAGGAUUUGGCCAUGGAGAUUGUGGACGCUGUUGAGAGGGGCAGAAAUGAGGUGCUGUGUAUGCCGGUAUAUGCUUGGUUGGUUGAGUGGUUGGGGGUGUUGCCCGUUUCGUUGCAACGAGUGGCUAGGUGGGCUAGCGGAGUUGAUGGGGCUAUG